AUGUCCGUCGACGCGCUCGCCGAGCGUCUCCACCGCUCGGCGUCGCUCGCCCCGCUGUUCGCCCGCGACGCGUCGUCGUCGGACGCGGAAGACGAGGGAACGGCGAGCGAAUCCGAUUGGUCCGACGCCGAGUUGCGCGAGUCGGACGGCGCGGCGUUCGAUGAAAAACCGCCGAGCGCGGCGCAGGGAGGUGGGCGACCGUGGGCGCACGCGGCGCGGGCGCGGAGAUUGCGAAGAGCGGCGGAGCGGCGGGCGCUGCGAGAGCGGCGAGAGGAGCCGUCGGAGGAGUUCGGGACUGGGGAGACGCGCGGGACGUUUCUGAGCGAUCUGCCGGCGGACGCGACGCUGGAGAUUUUGAGACACCUGGCGCCGAGGGAUGUGGCGCGGUUGGCGGCGACGCGGAGAGGAGAGCGGGCGAUGCUGGUGGGACGAGAUUCGGAGAUUGCGUCGGCGGCGUGGGGACGGGUGAAGCUGCAAAAGGGCGACGACGUGCGUAAAGCGUUGGCGACGCUUCGGGCGUUGGCGAAGGAGACGCUCAGGGAAUUGGACGUGAGCGGAGUUCGUGGGCUGAACAAGGCAGAUAUGUUGGAGGUUAUGAGCUCGUGCGAGAGUUUGCGAGAGUUUUGCGCGGUGGACAUGGGAGAGAUGGGGAAGAUGACCACAAAGGACGUCCACGCGUGCGUCAAGGCGUUGGGAUCAAAAUUUCGAAGGUUGACGUGCGACUUGGGUCACAAGAUUAUGUACGAUCCCGUUAAACGAGAUCCCACGGCGAAGUAUGUGGAUGUAUACGACGAUAACGUACGAGAACUCGCAGAGACGCUGGCUAUUCCGCAGUUGUACGUUCGUCGCCUCAAGCUGCACAGUUCGGAUCCUGGUAGCGUUCGAGCGGCGGCUGUGUCGGCAGCCUCAAAUGGACCAGGAAAAGUUGAAUCUUUUGAUGCGAGUUGGAGCUUGAGAGUGUCGAACGACGGCGCACGCGCCGUCGCAGAAGUGCUCGCGCAAGGUUGGGACUUGAAGCGGCUCGCGUUGCGCAAGGUGAAUGUUUCGGAUGAUGGCGCAGUGAGCUUGGCCGAAGCCAUCAAAACGUCAGCUGACAACGGAACGUGUCAACUUCGAUGGCUUGAUCUCGGAUCGAACGAUGUGCGAAGCCGCGGAGCGAUCGCCAUCGGUGAGGCACUCGAGCAUCCAGAGGUUCGAAUAACUCGUUUGACGCUCAGAGGGAACGGCAUUUGCUCUGAAGGAAUGGAGGCGCUUGGUAAAGGCGCUGGUACGUCGGCAACACUUCGACGAAUCGACUUGGCGCACAACGGAUUCGGUGAUCGCGGUGUUAUCGCGUUCGCUGACGCGUUGUCGCGUGGCGCAGCACCAAAUUUGCGCGUCGUUCUCUUAGGUUUCAACUCCAUCGGACCAGAUGGAGUCAGAGCUCUCAUGCAAGCCCUGGUGGGUACCAACGUAGAGCACUUGGAUCUUGGCUGCAACGUUGUCGGUGCGGAGGGCACUAAGGCAAUUGCAGAUAUGAUCAACUCUACGCGGUUGAAGAGUGUAAAUCUUGCGUGCAACAACAUUGGUUUGCGUGGCGAUCGCUCCGGACUCAAGGCGCUCUCAAAGGCUCUGGAAACGAACACGACGCUGGAGAUUUUGAACUUGCGUGGUAACGCGCUGCACGCGGAUUGCGCGAAGGAUAUAGCGGAUUUUCUUUUGGAAGAGACCGCGCUCAUUCAGCUCAACGUCGGGUACAACGAGCUCUACGAUGAAGGCGCGUGGGAAAUCGCCGAAGCGCUUGAGGAGAACGGGACUGUCGUCGGUCUAGAUUUGCAGCGAAACGAGAUCACGGACGAGGGCGCCGGUUACAUCGCCAAGACGUUAAGCGUGAACGAAGUCAUUCAGGAGAUCGAUCUGCGGAGCAACAUGAUCGGUCCCGACGGCGUCGAAAAACUCGCGUCGUACGGGGAGCGAACCAACACGCGCUGGCAGCUCGAGCCCCCGAAAUACAAAGAGAAACCGAAACCGCGUUUCACCGCGAGAAAAAAUCGCGCGAAAGCCGCUCGCGCCUAG